GAACAUAGAAGAAGGCCACUUACAGGUAAUGAAACACGGCCUUUGCCUCCACACAGAUACAUCUAGGGAGCACUGUCGCAUGCGCCUCGAUAAAAUACGCCCUAGCAUUACAGCCAGCCAGCCAGCCGCCGGAGGCUCAGAUGUAAGCGCCCGCUUACUCGUCGCUUAAUUUCGAAAUGUCAAUUCCCUACAGCACACUCCCAAUACAGAUAGCCUCGCCCGAAAGGCCCAGAUAGACAUAAUUACCUAUAAAGGGCGGCGGGCAGAAGGAAAUCUAGGUUCCUUCGGGUCUUACUCAUGCCUUCGGGACUCACAUUACAUCGUUAUUAUCAACUAUGCCGUUAAACUCUGCUGGACCGAGCAACAUGACGGGGUCCAAAGGAAGCCCCGUGCCAAACCAAGACGAUAACGAGUCACGAUUCCUUUCUUCAUGCGAAGACUCUUCGUUGUACCCAACCAACUUGAAGCUUUCUCUGGUCUCGGAGACCACCCUGAAGACAUACUACGAAGCGUUACUUAACGAAUCAGAGAGGCUGUUCGACACAGCCCCGAGACCUAAGUUGCUGAAAUUCUGGGAAACUAAUAGUGAAUGUUCAGAAUUUGGGGAAUACCAACCUUCAGAUGUUGCCAGCUUGAAAAAUCACUGCCAGGAGAGUAAUCUGCCCGACCCGGCAUGUCGCUAUGUCUUCAUCCGGUCUAGAAACGCAAGGGCUCGGCUGGGGCUCACACGAGACGACUUCACUUAUCUAUCAACUUACCACCAGGUGAUGCCUUCUUUUCUAGACCUCCUAUUUACUUGCGGAAGGCAAGAAGGGCUCCGCAGUUUUUAUUACACGGCCUUCCGCCAUGGCAGCUACCUGAGUAAAGAUGAUACAAAUACCAGAAACGCGGGCAACAUCCCGCGCCUAGGCCGAUCAGGCCGACUCAUCCAAAAUUGUUACAAUCUCCAUUCGGUCGAGCGGUCGGCUUCUACUCCGGAGUGGGGGUGGUCUAUUCGACAGACCAUCGUGUAUAAUUCCUUCGAUGUGGAAACGGGAAAAUCCUUCUGGAUCUUCAUCAAGGGUAACGAAACUAUGGAGGGGCGCAUCGUGGGCGCGACCAACUCAGCUAUAUGCGCGGACAUGAACGCUAGCUCGCAUCAGACACCGACUAAGUCGUUUAACGCAUCACUCGCAGCCCAUUUUCAGGUGAUAGAGUGGUGUGGUGGGCAGUGGAGAGACUACGUUAAUGAGUUGGACGAGAGACUUCGAAAAGGGGCAAGGGAUGUCCUGAUAGUCGAUGUCGACAACCUCACUGGGCCGUCUAGCGUGCCAAUUCUUAGCAGGCCCGGCACGUUUAUCAACCAAAAGAGCACACGGGCAACCACCUCCAAGUCGCAACCGUCUUCUCCGUUAAGUCAGAAGUGGAGCUCUCUUAUUAGGUUUCCGUCCAUGUCAAAAGGGGAGAAAACGUCGACGGUGACCGAGACGGAACUGAUGCGUCCCACCCACGCCGACCAAAUCGUCGAAGAACCCGAGCAGAUCGACAAUAGAAACGACAAUGACAACGACAACGUAGAACGCGUGUUCUCUUUCGAAAAGCUACAGGGGCUACACCAUCUGGGAGAACACCUGCAGGAAGCGCUCAUGGUGUUGAGACUAAAUCGCGGUGUCAUCGAAGAUAUCAUCGAAUAUUACGCCACUAUAACCGAAGGCGACGGGUUUCCUUGUGAGAUCAAGGGUGGCUGUAAGUCGGCCGUGGCGGGAUUUCAGGAAAAGGCCCGCGGUGUCGAGAAAGAGCUCGGGAUACAGCAGCUGAGACUAGAGACGCUGAGUAUCCUACUAAAAGAUCGGUGCAAUUUGUUCCACACAGCCCAGCAAUAUGCCAAUAUGCAGGCCAGCAAGCACUUCGCGAAGAACGCGCAAAUAUCGACGAAUUUCACCACCGGGAUGGCUGCUAGGAUGCAUGUCAUGACGGAGAAGAUGCACGACGUCGCCCUCAGAACAGGCCACCAAACGGUGUCGAUGCAUGCGAUCACCGUAUUUACACUCGUGUUUCUACCAGGAACUUUCCUCGCCGUAAGCAUUCUACUUAUACUCGACAUGUGCGUGGCUCUCAUGACUCGGCAGACAUUCUUCAGCAGCGGCAUAUUGCGGUGGCAGGACUCGGGGGACGGCAACGGGCCCGGCCAGGGUUAUAGCUGGGUUACGGAGCGAGAUCGAUUGUUCCUCUACUUCGAAAUUUCCGCGCCCAUGAUGUUUCUCGUCGUCGUCGGCUGGCUAAUCCUGUUCCUGAGGGGGAGGAACGGGAGAGAUAUAGAAGAUGAGCGCCAGCAGUUAGACGAGCUCGAAAAGGGGUUUUAUUCGUCGGCGAUGGGGAAAAACUUCGGCGAACCAGCCGACACGAACGGAAAAGAGGCCAGAUACUGAUAGGUGUAGGGACCGUACGAUGGAACCGAGAGGGUCACUGAAUUGGAAAGAAGAGGAUAUAGACUCGGAUAAUACAGCUGUGAGUAUUGGCUGGAGCUGGUGCUUCAGAUCACUUGUACUCCGUUGUUGUGGGCUGGAGCGUCAAUCAUUUUGGUGGAUCGGAGCCAAAGCAGAGCAUUAGGGAGGCACUGAUGAUGCAACCGCAAUUGGGUGAUUGCUUUGGAUGGCCUCAGCACCGAACCCUAGGUACCUAGUUACAGCUAUUGACUCAAAUAAGGGUUAAUAUAAUCUAUCUGUACCCAA